AUGGACAUAAAAAAAAAAUGGCAUGACUUUUCCAGUCAAGCAAAAAAAAAAGGAGCAGAAAUACGGAAAGAGAGGGCUAAGACUGGUGGGGGUCAGUCAUCUAUACCAGCCCUAUCUCCUGAAGAGGAAAGAGCUCUUGCAAUACUAGGGCCAACUGCAACCAGAGGGAUCUCUGGUGGGGUAGAUGUGUGUUCAAAUGAGUUCCCAUCUACCCCACCUCAACCUACAUCCCCUGUACAUCCCUCAUCAGCAUCAGACAGUCCUGCAUCAUCUCCUGGCCCUUCCGUUACACAGACUAGUCUUAGAGCCCCACCUACUACAGAGACCCCCCGAAACACCUGUGCCUGUAGUGAGGAGUUAAUUUUAAUAGAAAGAGAACGACUGAACAUUGAAAAGGAGCGGCUCCAGUUAAAAAGGGAAAAGCUGCAACAGAGGGAGAGGCAACAUCAAGAGCUGGUGGACCUGAAGAGAGCUAAACUUGAAAUAAUGGCCAAACAGCUUUCUGUGGCUGAAUUUCAGCUGUCCAGGCCAGCUAUCUCCGUUCCCAUCAUACUGCCCUCUGAACAAGACCCCAGUUCCACUGAAAACCCACAGCAGAUAUAAAAAAAGAUGCCAGGACAAGUUUGUUUUUUUUCAGUUUAAUGACUGUUUCAUUUAUUUAUUUUGUAUGUAAUAUGUUGGACUGUAAAUAAAAUGUGAAUAUUUUGAAAAGCAAAAUGUGUGAAAUGAAAACUAAAAUAAAAAAUUACACAAACAAAAAGAAGUCUUGCAUCCCAAAGACAUGUUAUUUCCAGUAAGUUAAGUAAACACAUCCCUAAUGAUUUGCAUCCGUGCUUGCCAGCCAGCCUGGUAAAGUCCUUCUCUCCUCAUUCCUGGUAAUACUUCAGGAACAUUUCCUUUCUCUCUCUCCUCAUCAUCCUCCUCAUCUUCCUCACUCUCUUCAUCAGGAAGGUGUAUACCAGCCUGCACCGCAAUGUUAUGAAGCAUAGCACAUACAACAAUUAUGGCACAGCUGCGUUCUGGUGAACACCGGAGGCCUCCUGAUGACUUGUGAAGGCACCUAAAACGCAUUUUCAAAAUGCCCAAAGCUCUCUCUACAACACUGCGUGUUCUGCGGUGUGCCAUGUUGUAUCUCUCCUCAGCCUCUGUCUGGGGAUUCAGGACAGGAGUAUGAAUAAAGCUUCGGAGUGGAUAACCACUGUCACCCAGGACAUGUCCACCAGCAAAUGCACCCCGGCUUGCCAUCUGACACACUCCGGAAUUUGCCCAAAUGAAGGAGUCAUGAGUACUUCCGGGCCAUUUGGCCACAAUGUCAGUAAAGAGGCCUUGGUGGUUACAUAUGACCUGGAUAUUUAAUGCAGAGUAGCCUUUACGACAGGUGUAGAUGGGGCUCAAGAGGCUGGGAGUGUGUAUGGGGAUAAGUGUACCGUCCACCACACCAACAAUUCCAGGAAUGCUUCCAAUUGCAUGAAAGCCUAUUUUUGUUCCUUGCAAUGCAUCCCUGGUACGUGGAAACGUAAUGUAUGUUGGUGCAUGGCGCAGGAGCGCUUUAGUGACAGCAUGCACACAUUUACAUACAGCAGCUUUGCUUAGGCCAUAGGCAUCACCCAGAGUCUGCAGAAACCCACCAGUGGCAUAAAAACGAAGCGUUGUCAGUAGUUGAAUGGUGGGACUAAGUGCAU